GUUUUUAUUCGGCGCUUGUUGUACCGAAGCAGAAUAGGUGUUAACCACCGUACAGGUCCUCCAGUUCGUCUCUAAAUCACAUCAGCUCCAACCCUAGAGACAGUCGAAUACUCAUGCUUAUCCUACGUAAUAGCUAAUCAAAUGUUAUACAGACGCUUAUCUUGUUUCUUGUCAUGUUUCCUGCUUCACGCUGAACCGCCAUUCGCUGUUCCAUUUAAGCUGUGGCUUGUGGCCAACGUCGGUUCAAGGCCACAUGACAGAACGUUGCCAACCAAUCAGCAGCCCAAUCAGCGCCUGAGCCACACUCUCACAAUAAACAGCUGUCUCGUUAGAAUAGUCCAACCCCUAUCGACGCACUAUACUUGGCCAUCACUCAGUGGACAUUAUGUCGUCCGCGACGGUUUCAAGGAAAGUCUUAGACGAGGCUCGGAAUAAGAGGAAUCGAUCUGUUUUCCUGCGUGAUAUCAUUGUCAUUCGACUCAUCAACGCUUGGUGGAUAGCUACCUUUUUCCAACCAGAUGAGUUCUUCCAAUCUCUUGAGCCAGCUUGGGAUUUGGCUUUUGGCUCCAGGAGCGGUGCAUGGUUAACUUGGGUUUGUUUUUUUUUUUUUUUUUUUUAUCUUCUCGUUUAUAUCUACCUGUCGUAGAAACACCCAUGUGUGUUUCCUCCUUCAUAUGUGGUUGUUUUACCAGUUGCGAGGUGACAACACACCACUUACACCAUACCAGCUACUACAAGUUCACAGUCGAUUAUAGCCACUAACAGAAUUUGUUAGGAAUGGAAACAUCAACUCAGAACCUCUCUUCACCCAGCUCUCUUUGCCGGGGUCUAUCUCAUCGCAGACUUCAUCUCCAGCCGCAUCCUCCCUAUAGGCAUCCUCCGCGCUGCCAUCCUCGUCGCAGCCCCGAAAGCCCUUCAAGCCGUAAUUGCUGGUCUUGGUGACUGGUACACCUGGCAACUCGCCGUGUCUAUUUAUGGAGCCAACAGCAAUGUCUCCUUCUUUGCACUCUUUCUUCAACUCUUCAACCCCUGGCAAUGGUACUGCUCUACACGUACCUUUUCCAACUCUCUUGAAACGACUCUCACUGUUAUGGCGUUGUAUUAUUGGCCUUGGGAACUUGUCAGUGCUGCACAGACAACAAAGGAGAAUCCCAAACCCACCCCUGUUCUCAAGAGUCUCUGGUCGCUUCGUGCGUCUCUGUGCCUGGCAGCAUUGGCCGUCGUUCUUCGACCGACCAACGUCCUCAUCUGGGCGACUAUUGUCUUCUUCACCCUCACCCGAAUCUCACUACAAGGUUCUUCACCGCUCACAAUUUCGACUGUGUUUGUAUUGAUUCGCGAGGCAAUUCUCUGCGGCUCUCUAAUCUUGGUCAUUUCCAUCGCAUCAGAUCGUCUAUACUUUGGCUUCUGGACAUUCCCUGCGUACAACUUCCUCAACUUCAACCUCUCCAAAUCCCUCGCUGUGUUCUAUGGCCGCAAUCCAUGGCACUACUACAUUCUUCAGGGUCUCCCUCUUAUCUGCACCACUAGUCUUCCCUUUGCAAUUAUGGCUCUGUACAAGUCAAGUGCAUUUGCCUCAUCAACGAGCCAGUCUAAUACACUGAAGACACUCGCAUAUACCGUCUUCACAACUAUCGGCGCGCUUUCACUCAUCUCUCAUAAGGAGGUUCGCUUCAUCUAUCCUCUUCUUCCAGCACUCAGCAUCCUCUCCGCUCCCGUUGCUGCCUCAUUCUUCACUUUCCAGCCAGAUGCUACAACCAACAACCCCCGUCCUCGGCCUCAAAUCCGCAAUAAGCACUAUCUCUUGGCUGCCCUGGGCGUCAACGUCUUUCUCGCAGGAUAUCUGUCUUUCUUCCACCAAACAGCCCCCCUCAAUGUUCUUACAUACCUCCGCCAUGAGUACGAACGCAUCCACCCAGACUCAGUUCAACUCGCCCAGACUUCUCGCUUCUCUGUUGGCCCUGGGAAAGACGAAGAGUUAUUCGCCCUUUUCCUCAUGCCUUGCCAUUCUACCCCUUGGCGAUCCCAUCUAGUAUACCCUGGUCUACGAGCUUACGCCCUCACUUGUGAACCACCUCUUCACACUGAGCCAAACACUCCUGAGCGGGAGAACUAUCGUGAUGAGGCCGAUCGCUUUUACGACAACCCUAUUCCCUUUCUUACUUCGGAGCUAUUUGGACCAGAAAAGCCACUUGCUGUCCCUCGCUACAUCGUCGGUUUCGACGGUAUCGAGCCAUGGCUACAGGACUUCGUCAAGACCCCUGAGGCGCAGGCUCUCGGUCUCACACAGGUGCGCCCUGUUUGGAAGGGCUUCAAUGGUUUGUUUAACGAAGAUUGGCGACGCUCGGGAAAGAUGAUUGUGUGGGACACUGUUAUUUACGAUAACGCACCUCCAGCGAAGGAGUCGUAGAUUGGCCGUGCAAAUUUUGGAUGAGUAUUGAGUGUAUACUAAGAAUGUAAGCCCUUGAGCAACCAGCGUAUGCAUCAAACUAUGAAAACUGCUUGGAUUUCAUAUCUUUGUUGUAGUAACCUGUACUCCUUGACUAUACUCCUCCACCCGCUCAAAUGAAAUAAAGCUCACCAUCACACCAGGCUACAUUACAUACAUGUAAUCGACUUAUAAGGGUGGUAGAGGGUCUAAGUAGGGUUCAGUCGAUAAACCCGUCUCCCGCAUAUCCAUCAUGAUGUCCAUCUCAUUCUCCCUAAAAAUAAACUAAAAAGAAAAGGCUAUCCUGCCGUGAUACUACUUCAACCAUUCCAAAAUACUCUUCCCAUUUAAACUAGAACGCUUUUCUCC